UCUUGUUUUUUUAGGCAGUGAGAUAAUUCUUGUUAAUAGAUCCUAAAACACCAAUAAAAUGUUCAUUUCUCAAUUCAACUUUUUCAAUAACAUCCAUAUUUAGAACACAAAAAUUCUAAAUUCAUACUCAGAAAUGGAGACACCAAAGACACCAUUUCUUCACUUCCUUUGCUUCUGCUGCUUUUGUUUCUUCUUCAUACCUUCUGCUUCAUCUGUUGUUCUUCGCGGAAUUCAUCCCCUUGACAUCAAUUACUUCAAUAUAGAUGUUAUUAACUGCAAAGACGGUUCGAGUUCAUUCACCAAAAAUCGUCUUAACGACGACUUUUGCGACUGCGUUGACGGCACCGAUGAGCCCGGUACAUCAGCAUGUCCUGGGGGUAAGUUCUAUUGUAGGAAUCUUGGAAGUCAGCCGCACUUCUUGUUUUCAUCUCGUGUCAAUGACCAUAUUUGUGAUUGCUGUGAUGGGAGUGAUGAAUAUGAUGGUGUCAUUCAUUGCCCCAAUACAUGUAUCAUGGGAGGCAGUAUUGUAUACAAGACUGAAUUACACCAGACUUCAAAUGUUGUAUUGGGAAAUGAAAGCAAACCUCAUGGCGGAUUGGACAUGAUUCAGAAUCUAAAAGAUUUGAAGGUGUUGGCACUCCUGCAAUUAAUCAUACUUGUUUUCUGGGCCCUUUGGCUCUACUAUCGUCGUUCUAAAUUUAGAAAACGGCGAUCUCAUGUUUGAUCAGGCAUUGCCUUGCUAGGUUUGUGGUCAAAAGUACUACCUAAUCAAGUGCUUAUGCAAUAUCUAGUCUCUGUAUGGAUCUGUCAUCAUACUCUAUACUCAUACCAAUUCAUGAUAUUGGUAGCUUUUAGUUGAACACAGUUUUGGUAUUUGUACAUGAACUUGAAACAUGGCAAGAGAUUACUUUCCUUCAGAAAAAGCUAAGCUGGAUACUGAGGAUGACAAAUCCAACUCAGUGUAAUGCAUGGUUAAACAAAGACGUGACAUACAGCUUGAAGACCUCUGUAGUAUAUUUAGCAUGUAAGCUUGCUGGAUAUUGUUCUGCUCUGCGUGUACUACUAACCAUGAGUUUAUUAGCUAAUACGCUGUACCUUUUCUUUUAUAAAGGCAUUUCAUAGGUUAAGCUCGCAAUUGUUAUGUAUUUGGGACAAAUAUUCAUACAGUAUACAUAACAACGAAAGAGAGUUGUGUGAUA